AUGUUGAAAUUUAAAACCGAAGGCUUUAAUGGGUACUCGUUACAAUUUAGUCCAUUUUUUGAGAAUAAAAUGGCAUGCGUGACAGCAGCAAAUUUUGGAUUGGUUGGUAAUGGUAGAUUAUUUAUUAUUAAUACCGGAGUUGGGCCGAAUGGAAUUGACCUUGAAAAAUUUUAUGACACUCAAGAUGGAUUAUUUGAUUGUUGUUGGAGCGAAUUAAAUGAACAUCAAAUCGUAACAGCUAGUGGAGAUGGAUCAAUUAAAUUAUGGGAUAUAACCCUUAUGGAAUUUCCUAUAAUGAAUUGGCAUGAACAUUCUAGAGAAGUUUUUUCAGUGAAUUGGAAUUUAAUAAAAAAAGAUUGUUUUAUUAGUGGAUCAUGGGAUAGUUCUAUUAAAUUGUGGAGGCCUGAAUUAAGGCAAUCAAUAUUAACAUAUAAUGAACAUACAAACUGUGUAUAUAGUACAAUAUGGUCACCAUAUAAUCCUGAUAUAUUUGGAUCAGUAUCUGGUGAUCGGUUAAUAAAAAUAUGGGAUACAAAAGUUCCAACAAAAUCUGUUCAAACAAUUCAUGGACACUUGAAUGAAAUACUUUCAUUGGACUGGAACAAAUAUCAAGAAAAUCAAUUUGUGACAGGUUCAGUUGAUAAAAUCAUCAAGCUAUGGGAUCUAAGGUUUCCCAAUAGAGAGGUUAUGUGUUUGAUGGGUCAUGAGUAUGCUGUAAGAAGAGUUAAGUGUUCACCACAUGAUGGUAAUAUCAUUGGAAGUGUGUCAUAUGAUAUGACAAUGAAACUGUGGAAUACAACUUUAACAAGAAAAUCAUUUGUUUAA